AUGUUUAAAUCCGAUAGAUAGAAGUCCAAUAAGGAAAGAAUAUUUGCAAUAAAUGCAACUGGAAGGGCAGCCAAUGAAGUGUUCCCAACAAAUUUCAUAAAGACUUCAAAGUAUAACAUUGUAACUUUCUUGCCAUUAUCUCUAUUGGGUUAAUUUCGGAGAUACGCGAAUAUUUAUUUUCUGUUUAUUGCCAUAAUUCAAAGUUUCCCUAUUAUAUCGCCUUUAAAUCCAAUAUCGGCAAUAGCUCCUUUAGUAUUUGUAUUGGGAUUAUCUAUGAUAAGAGAAGGUAAAUUAUCGUUUGAUAAUAAGCUAUGGAGGAUAUAAGUAGACAUAAAUCAGAUAACGAGGUCAAUGCAAUGGAGUGUACCAAGAUAGUCAAUAACAAAUAAGUCAAGACAACAUGGGCUGAUGUAAAAGUAGGCGAUUUAAUGUAUAUAUCUGAAAAUGAGAUGUUUCCAGCAGAUAUAAUAGUCUUAAGUAGUUAAUUUGAAAGCGGGGUCUGCUAUAUUGAGACUUCUUCAUUGGAUGGGGAAAAGAACCUCAAGCCAAAGUCUGCAAUCAAAGAAACUUAAACCGUAUUUGAAUGUAAGGAGACCUAAUCCUAGAUUUAAAUGAAUUUUAAUAGCAAUUAAUAAUUUAAAGCUCAAGGAAAUGCUCCUACACCAGCGUUGGGCGAUUUCGAAGGUUCAAUUCAUUUCCCAAAUGGAUCAAAAAAGUAUAGAUUUUAUAAGUAUCAAGAGUUUUGAAUGGCAAAUAAUUGUUGUUGAGAGGAGCAUUUCUAAGGAACACAAAGUUCAUAGUAGGGGUGAUAGUCUACACAGGGGAGGACACAAAAAUAAUGAGAAAUGCAGAACCAUCAAGAAUCAAAUAGAGCACUAUAGAAAAUACAAUGAACAAGUUGAUAUUGGGAAUCCUGGGUAUAUAAAUCAUUGCCUGUGCUUUAUCAGCUAUUCUGUCUUCAUGGUGGUUGCAUAAAUCAUUCAGUAAACACAUUUAUAUCAUCAUAACGGAAUAAAAUUAUACUUUGUUAUCUGCCAUAGCUUUCUUUUCAUUCUUCCUACUUUAUAACACAAUGAUACCCAUAUCCUUGGUUGUGUCAAUGGAGUUUGUUAAGGUGUUCCAAUGUUACUUCAUAAAUACAGAUUAAGACAUGUACGCAUCAAAAAGGGGCAAGUAUGCCAAGGCGUAAACAUCAACAAUAAACGAAGAAUUAGGUCAGGUGGAAUACGUAUUCUCUGAUAAGACUGGAACAUUAACAUGUAAUCAAAUGGAGUUUAAAUAUUGUAUAAUUGGAGAUAUAUUGUAUGGAAAAAAUGAGAAAAACAACGAUGUGGCCAGUCCAAAUCAUAACAAUGCGUAGUAAGAUACAACUUAAUUCAAACAUUCAGUCUUCAAUUUUUAAGAUAGUACUCUAACUGGAAUUAUUGAAGACAGUGCAGCCUAUUAAAACCAAUCUGAACAGCCAAGAAAAUUGAUCAUCUAAUCAAAUGAUAAAAAUGCUUCUUUAGAAAUCAAAACAUAAAAGUAAUUAGUCCAUGAAUACCUUAUGUUGCUUUCAAGUGCUCAUGAGUGUAUAGCAUAGAAAGACAAGAAUUAAUAGAUUAAUUAUUAAGGACCUUCUCCGGAUGAAAUUACUUUGGUGGAUGCUGCCAUGAAUUUGGGUUAUAGAUUUGAAGGAUAAUCAGCAAAUGAAUAAGAAGUAAGUAGUGUUAUUAUAAAAUAAGUUUACAAUCAAAGGCAAAUAAAAAAAAGUUGAACUCCUCUAACAAUUUGAAUUUGAUUCUAAUAGAAAAAGAAUGAGUGUGAUCAUUAAAGAUAAUGGAAUUUACAAAUUGUACAUCAAAGGAGCAGAUAGCAUCAUCAAAGCCAGAUUAAGACCAGAUUAACCAUUCUUGGGGUUUAUUUAGAAUAAAUUGUCAGAGUUCAGCUCAAUUGGAUUAAGAACUUUAUUGAUGGCAAUGAAAAUAUUAUCAGAAUAAGAGUAUCUUGCAUUUGAGAGACAGAAGGAUGCUCUUGCAUCAUCAGAUAAGAGAGAAUAGGAAAAGGAGGAACUAGCCAAUAACUUAGAAAAAGAUUUAUAUCUAUUAGGUGCAACUGCAGUAGAGGAUAAAUUGUAGGAUGAUGUCCCAGAGACUAUUGCUGAUCUAUUGAAAGCAAAUAUUAAGGUUUGGAUGCUUACUGGGGAUAAAUUAGAAACUGCUGAAAAUAUUGCUAAGAGUUGUAGAUUAAUUUAACAGGAUUUCAUGAUUAUGAAGUAUUCUGAAACAGAUCUCAAUAAACUAAGAGUUUAAUUGUCAGAAAAUAAGUUGACUUAUUAAGCUUGCAUAAAAGAAAGGAAGAAGAAAUCAAUUCUAGUUGAAGGGGAAUCUUUAGUCACACUGACAGGCAACUAAUAAUUAAAGAGAGAAUUCACUAAAAUGGCUAUGGGUUGUGAUAGUGUUGUCUGUUGUAGAGUUACACCCAAACAAAAGGCAGAAGUUGUACAUUUAGUUAAAGAUCUAAAUAAGAUUACUGUUGCCAUUGGAGAUGGGGCAAAUGAUGUAAAUAUGAUACAAGAGGCACAUAUUGGAAUUGGAUUAUAUGGCAACGAAGGAAUGAGAGCUGUCCAAAGUAGUGAUUAUGCUUUAGGCGAAUUUAGAUUUUUGUGGAAACUCUUAUUAAUUCAUGGCAAUUGGUCAUACAUCAGAAUUUCAGAAAUGAUUCUCUACUUCUUCUACAAGAAUAUGAUUUUCACUGUCCCUCAGUUUUUGUACUCCUUUUACAGUGCCUAUAGUGCCUAAACCUAUUUUGAUGAUUGGUAUAUCACCUUCUAUAAUUUGUUCUUUACUUCCCUUCCAUUGAUUGCCAGAGCCACCUUGGAUAGAAGUGUCUACUACAAAAUUAAUGUAAGAAAUGAGGAGUACACUGACAUUUAUUAGAAGUCAACUCAGUAUCUUAAAGGCAAAUUCCCUCUUCUUUAUUCAGUUGGUCAAAAAUAAACUAUAUUUACCUUAUCCAAUUUUAUAUUCUGGUGGGGCCAAGGGUUUAUUCAUGGAGUUUUGGUCUACUUUAUUACUUAUGCAUGUUUUGAUACAGAAUUAGUCAAUGUCAAUGGGUAGAAUGCCGGUUUUGCCACUCUUUCAAUCACUGCGUAUACUGCAAUUAUAUUUGUAUUUUUAUUUGCUUAUUUAAUAGAUUGUCGACUUCAAAAUUGCAAUAUAUACUAAAUUUUGGACUUUGAUCAACGUAGUCACACUUCUCUUAUUAUCCAUAGGAAUUUAUAUUGCAUACUUUUUCAUCUCCAACUACUUUAAGGGCACAUAUUCUGAAUUUACUCCUAUUUACUUGAUUCAAUCUCCAAACUUUUAUUUGAUUAUUGCUCUGCUUAACGUUAUUGUCUUUAUUUUUGAUUUGGUUAUUAACACAAUCAUUCAUGAAUUUUAUUCAACCGAAACUGAUAAAAUUAUAAAAUGGAGAAGAGAGUUUAAAUAAUUAGCAAGGAAAGGCAAUGUCCUAUAAAAGAUUGAGAUGAUGCAGCAAGGAAAAAGAGAAAAUGGAUAAAGAGAAUGGGGCGAUUCGUUUUAUGAGUAAAUUCUAGAAGAGAGAUUAAAAUCAGACAGAGACUUGAAUGCUUUUGAUGAAUAAUAAGCUAUUCUGGACUCUAAAGUUUAACCAUAUGUAUCGUCUCCAUAAAAUCUCAAUAAUAGUGAAUAGACUAAUAGACAAUUCCAUUAAAGAGUAGAAUUACAAUAAAUUCAACAUCCUCUUUAAAAUAAUAAUGCUAAAGUAACCAAUUAUUAAAUGUCUUAAAAACAAUAAUAAAAUUUUAAGAAUGUUAAUGAAGAUAGCAGGAUAAACCAUCCAUAAUAAUAAAGAAUUUAUGUAAGAUGA